AGUUUCUUCACUCUUCAUCAGCUCAUAAAGAAAAAAAGAGAAAGUUGAUUUCUCUUUUCUUUUUUCGAGUGCAGGGAAUGUUGGUCUUCAGUUCUUGACGUUCACGCGAAUCACUCCUCUCCUCUCCACUCUUCAAAUUUUAGAUUUGCCGCAGAUACAAACAAUUGUUUAUUGUCUUGGCUGGCUGAGCGUAGCUUAAUUCUUGAAUUGGGAUGUUCAGUUUGAUGGAAUAUUAGUAAAGUUGGAAUUCCUGACAGUUGGCUCUGCACCUGCCAGCCAUGACGUUGAUGUCCCAUCCUGUUUCAUCUCGUAGCAUUCAUUCUGAGGUUAUACAGUGUAAAACUAGGCACAAUGGAGUUAAUACCUUUGCCAACAGAGUUGACUCCGCCAGAAGAAAGGAAACGUUUUUAUGUCUGCGGUCCUCUUUGUGGAGUUCCCUGAAGGUGAAACCUAGCUCGUGCUCAGCUGGCACUGGGGUGGGAAGGAGGCUACGGCGCCAUGUAAUUGUUGGUGCUAGUCCUCCUACAGAAGACGCUGUUAUCUCGACCGAACCGCUUACAAAAGAAGAUCUCGUAGGUUACCUUGCUUCGGGCUGCAAGCCUAAGGAAAACUGGAGGAUAGGCACUGAGCAUGAAAAGUUUGGAUUUGAGAUCGGAACAUUAAACCCCAUGAAAUAUGAACAGAUAGCAGAGCUUCUUAACGUUAUAUCUGAGAGAUUUGACUGGGAUAAAAUAAUGGAAGGUGAAAACAUUAUUGGACUCAAACAGGAUAAACAAAGUAUCUCGCUGGAGCCUGGUGGCCAAUUUGAGCUUAGUGGUGCACCCCUUGAAACUCUGCAUCAAACUUGUGCUGAAGUCAAUUCUCAUCUUUAUCAGGUUAAGGCUGUUGCAGAGGAGAUGGGGAUUGGAUUUUUAGGAAUUGGCUUCCAGCCCAAAUGGAGACGCGAAGACAUACCAAUAAUGCCCAAGGGAAGAUAUGUAAUUAUGAAAAAUUACAUGCCCAAAGUUGGGUCGCUGGGACUUGAUAUGAUGUUUAGAACAUGUACCGUCCAGGUCAACCUGGAUUUUGAUUCUGAAGCUGACAUGAUAAGGAAGUUUCGGGCUGGUCUUGCCUUACAGCCUAUAGCUACAGCGUUGUUUGCAAAUUCACCAUUCACUGAAGGGAAACCAAACGGCUAUCUUAGCAUGAGAAGCCAAAUAUGGACAGACACCGAUAAUAACCGAGCUGGAAUGCUUCCUUUUGUCUUUGAUGACUCCUUUGGGUUUGAACAGUAUGUAGAAUAUGCUCUUGACGUCCCAAUGUACUUUGUCUAUCGGCAGAAAAAGUAUAUUGAUUGUGCUGGACUGUCCUUCCGAGAUUUUUUGGCUGGGAAACUUCCUUCUCUUCCUGGUGAAUAUCCAACUUUCAACGAUUGGGAGAAUCAUUUAACAACAAUUUUUCCAGAGGUUAGGCUUAAGAGAUACUUGGAGAUGAGGGGCGCUGAUGGAGGACCUUGGAGGCGGCUAUGCGCGCUACCUGCAUUUUGGGUUGGUCUCUUGUAUGAUGACGUCUCUCUACAAAAUGUUCUGGACAUGAUAGCAGAUUGGACACCUGAGGAAAGACAAAUGCUUAGAAAUAAGGUCCCAAAGAGUGGGCUGAAGACGCCAUUUCGUGAUGGGUUGCUGAAGCAUGUUGCACAAGACGUUCUCAAAUUUGCUAAGGAUGGCUUGGAUAGAAGAGGCUUCAAGGAAACCGGAUUUUUAAACGAAUUGACUGAAGUUGUUAAUACAGGUAUAACACCAGCCGAAAAGCUCCUUGCUCUGUACCAUGGGAAGUGGGGGCGAAGUGUCGAUCCUGUAUUUGAGGAGCUGCUCUAUUAGACGUCGUUUGAGAAUAUUAAUCAACGUCUAGCUGAUUAGCUUCUCACUGCUUCUCUCGUGUCCGUCCCAAGACAAUUUGAUGUGCCUCGCGUGAAGCUUUUUCGUUUUUCAGAAUCCAAUUUGAAACCCAGCAGAACGUGGUCACAUGCUAUGACUUGUUGGUGUUGUAGAUGUUUUAUCGACUGAAUUACAUUUGGUAGAUCGAAUUUCAGCAAAUUGUAUGUCUAUUUGUAGAUGCAAACUCAUGUUCUAUGCAAGUUGUAUGGUUUGUUAA